GUCGUCCCCUUGCUUGGAAAAACACGAGGGAGGCUAUUGCCUCUUUGACCCGGCAAAGCACUCCUUUCUUUCAAUUGGGAACAACCGGGAAACCAGUCCCAGUUCACACCCUAAUUCACCUCCUCACCUCUUUUUCUCUUUUGGGUUCUGAUCUUUCCCUUCAAUUCUUGCUUUUAAAUAUUCAGAUCAUGCUCUAGACUUUGCUUUAUCUCUGUGGACUUCUGGGGUUUCUAUUUAUCCGUGGAAAAAGGGUGAUGCUUCCUCAUCCCUCCAGAGCUUGGUCUGCUGUCCCGACUUAAAACUUUUACGGUAGCUGAUAACCUGCUAACAGGACCAAUCCCAGUUUUCCAGAUUGCAAUGCCGGCCGAUAGUUUUGCAAAUAAUCCAGGACUCUGUGGAAAGCCUUUGGACCCUUGCAAGUCACCUGCAACGAAUAAUUAGACUGGAAUCCUUCAUUGUACUUUAUUGUGCUCUUUUCUUUCAGAUAUGGGGCUCAAAGGUAAGUUUCCUCGAGGAAUCCAGAAUUGUUCAAGUUUGACUGGCUUAGAUCUCUCAAACAAUGAGCUCUUUGGGCCAAUUCCAGUUGAUAUUUCUAAAAUAAUCCCGUUUGCAACUACCCUUAAGCUCUCAUCAAACAAUUUCUCUGGUGAGAUCCCAGAGAACCUAUCAAAUGUUACCUACUUGAAUGUCCUUAACCUUGACCAUAAUCGGUUGACGGGUCAGAUCCCUCCAGAGCUUGGUCUGCUGUCCCGACUUAAAACUUUUACGGUAGCUGAUAACCUGCUAACAGGACCAAUCCCAGUUUUCCAGAAUUCAAUUUCGGCAGAUAGUUUUGCCAAUAAUCCAGGACUCUGUGGAAAGCCUUUGGACUCUUGCCAGUCACCUGCAGCGAACGCUCACACUGGAAUCAUUGCUGGGGCGGCAGCUGGAGGGGUAACAGUUGCAGCAAUAGGUGUGGUUAUUGGUCUGUACUUUUAUCACCGUAGAAUGUCUAUAAAGAGGAAGAAGGAUGAUGAUCCAGAAGGAAAUAAGUGGGCAAAGAGCUUGAAGGGAGUCAAAGGCAUUAAGGUUUCCUGCUUUGAGAAGUCGGUUUCUAAAAUGAGAUUAAGUGAUCUCAUGAAGGCUACUAACAGUUUCAAUAAAAGUAAUAUCAUUGGGUCAGGAAGAACAGGGACUAUGUACAAAGGAGUGCUUGAAGAUGGCACUUCCCUUAUGAUUAAGAGAUUGCAGGAUUCACAACGCUCUGAUAAAGAAUUCUCAUCUGAAAUGGCUACUUUGGGAAGUGUGAGACAUCGUAACUUGGUGCCCCUCUUAGGUUUCUGUGUGGCUAAGAAGGAGAGGCUUUUAGUUUACAGAUACAUGCAGAAAGGUAUGCUCCAUGAUCAGUUACAUCACAUGGAUGAUAGUGGCAGUGAUUUGGAGUGGCCUUUGAGGCUUAAAAUUGCUAUAGGGGCUGCCAGAGGGUUUGCAUGGCUCCAUCACAGCUGCAAUCCUCGUAUACUUCAUCGAAAUAUAAGCUCAAAAUGUAUCUUGCUGGAUGCAGAUUUUGAGCCCAAAAUAUCUGAUUUUGGUCUUGCCAGGCUCAUGAACCCAAUUGAUACACAUCUAAGCACAUUUGUGAAUGGUGAGUUUGGGGAUUUGGGUUAUGUUGCCCCUGAAUAUACAAGAACUCUAGUAGCGACUCCGAAGGGAGAUGUUUAUAGCUUUGGAGUCGUACUUCUUGAGUUGGUAACUGGUGAGAGACCUACCCAUGUGGCAAAAGCUCCUGAAAGCUUUAAGGGAAAUCUGGUAGAAUGGAUUGCAGAGUUAUCAGGCAAUGGCAAACUCGAAGAUGCCAUUGACAAAUAUUUGGUUGGGAAGGAUGUUGAUAAUGAGCUUUUCCAAUUUCUUAAAGUUGCAUGUAGAUGUGUGUUGCCAGCAGUUCACAAAGAGAGGCCUAGUAUGUUUGAAGUAUUCCAGCUUUUAAGAGCUAUUGGUGAACAAUACAAUUUUACAGCUGAGGAUGAAAUUAUGAUGCCUGCAGAUUCUGGUGAUGCUGAUAAGUUAGAGGAACUUAUUGUUGCUCGAGACGUUGAGGAGUAAGAAUUGAAAAAGGUAUGAGAAAGCACAUUAGUAUAUCACUGUAUGUUGGCAUAGUUUAUGUGUAGUUAUUUAUUUUCAUGCAUGUUAAAUAAGUUUUAAAAUGAAAUGUAUUUUUUGUGCUUUAACUAUUGGUCCAACUUUUCUAUAUUAUGUAUUCACUAUGAUGGCAUCAUAAUUUCCCAAAAUCUGUAAUUGGUUAUUUGUCUUACAUUUCAUGGUAGGGUACUGAAUUGGAGUUCUAGUUAAAACUUUAUAUUCAUUGGUUUUAGUGUUGUGCUCUUUUAUCUAUUUCUUUCCCCUGAAUUGCUGUCUGUCCAAAAAGAAUAGAUUCUUAUCAAGUGAAUGCUAUUUCAUGUAUCUGCAUCACCAUAUACUAAUGACAUUUUCUUUGUCUCCCCUUCUUUCUUCUAGCUGAAUAGAUUCUUAUUGCUGUCUAGUUGUCAAUACAUGGUUGUAAACAAGCCGAUUAUUGAGGUACUUGAGCCUAGCUUGGCUGAUCUGUGUGUGUUUAUACAAUAUGACAUACUAUAUAAUUUAUUUAUUUUUAAAAAUUAUCAAGCUUCGUAUGAACUUUUACUGAGCUCGAGCUCAAUAAACUAAAUGAGCUCAAACUUGAACUUGAACUUGAACUUAAGCUCAUUUAGUAAAUGAGUCAAGCUUGAAUUGAGUAAUUCUCUAACUACUGAACUCAUGAAUGGCCAUGGACUUGUAGAUUUCUGAAAUCUGAAUCAGGUUGACAUGUUGGUUACCACUUGUGCCAUGUUAAUGCAUGGAUCUUUUUUAUGCUGGUACGUUGUUUAGUCAAUAAUGGUUAAUAUGUUUAAUUUACUCUUUCAGAUAUGCAUUUGUGUUUUAUUUCUAAUCCUUGACAGAAUAGUUUAAUCGGUUUAUUGAGAUCAUGUCAUAUAUAGAUGGUCUCCAUUGUUGGGUUUUGGAACGUCCUACAUUGUAGGUUUCUG